AUGGACCUACCCCUCAGCUCCCGAUACGGCAACACGGUGAGGAGCUUCAGCGGCUGCUGGACCUGCCGCCUCCGCAGGAAGAAAUGCGACGAAAAGCACCCUGUUUGCGAUACCUGCGCCGGGCUAUACAUCACCUGCCACUAUGAGCAGGAGAAACCAGAUUGGAUGGAUGGCGGUCGCCAGCAAGAUGAAAUGCUACUGCGCCUAAAGCGAGAGGUCAAGGAGAUGGCCAACCACCGCCGCCGCGGGGACCGCGCGGCACUCGUCUCAAAGACCACCCGCGACGUCUCCUCCAGAAAUGCAGCGGUAUCUCCACUAGAAGAUACAAAUGGCCUGGUUACCCCGAUAGUCAUUCCCUCUGAUCCGACAUUCAGCAGCCCAGAUGGCGAUACAGAGACAGUUCCCGGCACACCCGCCACCAGGCCCCCGGCGACCGUAUGUCUACUGAACAACAGUGGUAAAAACUCUUGCAAGAGCGUGGCAUUUGCGCAUUCUGAUACCUUUCUCCUCACAUUCUAUCUGGAAACCGUCUUCCCUUUCAUGUUUCCAUUCUACCGGCCGUCGCUUCUCCAAGGAUGUCGGUCCUGGAUUCUGGAAAUGGCCAUCACCAGUCCCGUCGUCCGCAAGGCCACACUCUGCCAAAGCUCAUAUUUCUUUUCGCUUGCCCAGCAGAUGAACAACAGCAACAGAGACUGGGAGGGCGUCAUCUCUCAGACUAAGGAAGCCUUUGAAAUUCUCAGAGAUGCGUUACAAGUCAUCAGCGGCUCCGAUAUCAAUGACCAUUUGCAUGGCGCUGUGCGUAUCCUAGCGAGCAUCAUGCAGGUUCAGCGAUUCGAAAUCGCCAUCUCAAGUUUCGACAACUGCCAGGCUCAUCUGAACGCGGCACUUGCACUCUUCAUCCAGCUGCUCAAUAGUCAUAGCGUAACAGAGCCACAUUCUACCUUUGCCACAUUAAUACAUCGUCUAGGGCCAAAUAAUCCAGAGUCUUCACGAGUUCCCAGCGCAGAACAAACAGGCCUCCGCUUCUCGAGCGCACUGCUAGUGCUUGAUGACAUCGUUGCUAGCACAAUACUUCAACAACAGCCCAAGCUGUAUGAGCACCUUCGCAGUCUACUCGGUGUGCCAGGCGACUCUGAGCCCUUGGUAAAUUUGGAGAGUACGGUGGGCGUCCAGAACUGGGCGUUAUUGGAAAUCGGCGAGAUAUCUGCGCUUGACGCUUGGAAGGAGAAAUGCAAAGUAGCUGGCAACUUGGAUGUUAUGGAGCUCGUCCGUCGCGCUGCUAUCAUCAAGGCAUCGCUUGAAUCCCAGCUUGCGCAACUCGAAGCAGACUCAACGCCCGAAUCAGGACGAGAGGAAGGAUUACUUGGCAUAUUGAAUCAGGACCUGUCCCAGAAAAGGGGAUCUGACGGGCAGACGGUAUUGAUCACUCGCGUUUGGGCUCAUGCCGCACUCAUUUACCUCUCAAUUGUUGUAUCAGGGUGGCAACCAGCUGGAGACGACACACGAUAUCAAGUUGGCCGAAUCCUUGAACUAUUGACAGAAGAUAUCUCGCCUCCAUCAAUACUCCGUACAAUGGCCUGGCCUUUCUGCGUGGCAGGAUGUCUUGCAGGGCAGGACCAACGAUGUCAGUUUCGAUAUCUGGUCGAGCGCCUGCGUCCACACAGCGUGUUUGGCACUCUGCGCAAGGCAUUAGCAAUCAUGGAGGAUACUUGGACACGCGUCGGCUCCGAAAAUCAUCCUAAUCGCAAUCUGUCUAUGUGUUUCCAGAGUCCGGGAUGUUUAGGUUUCAUGUUACUUGUGUAA